AUGCAUCUUUUGCAUAGAUACCCUGAAAACAGUUUUUAUAGCCCUUCAAAUUCUCCAAGAGCUGGCUCACGUUUUGAGCACGAAGGUUGGGCGAAUGAGUCUUCUCAUAGACACGAACAGAAAUAUGAAGAUGCUGACAACUUUAGAAGAGAUGAGAUACAUGAUGUAGAAGAAGGCGAGAUUGAAGAACAAAACACAAGUAGUUCGACUCAGUUGCCAUCAGGAAUAAGACCUGAUAAGCAUCAACAUGAGGCUGAGAUUUCCGAGUUUACGUUUAAAUGA